AUGGGCCCUUUGCUGUGGCUCCACCAGCGGUCCCCCUUGCUGCUGCUGCUGCUGCUGCUGCUGCAGUUGCUGCUGCUGGGGGGCCAGACCGCAGCAGAAAAGCCCGCAAAGGGCCCCUCAGGACGGGGGCCCCAUGUGGGGGCCCCCCUGGGGGCCCCCCCCACGGACUUGCUGGCGCGCAGCAGCAUAGAAGGUGCUGCUGCAGAGUUGCUAGCGAAGAGUGAAGCAGCAGCAGCAGCAGCAGCAGCAGCAGCAAAGCUGGCAGCAGGGGGAGCAGGGGGGCCAAAAGCCGCAGGGGGGGCAGCAGCAGCUGAUGCAGCUGCAGCACAAGGAAGCGCAGCAGCAGCACGAGCAGCACAGGCCGCAGGAGCAGCAGGAGCAGCCUCGCGGCUUGCUGCUGCAGCAGGAGCAGCAGAGUCCUCAGCAGCAGCAGCAGAGUUGCUGGGUCCUGUGAGCUCUUCCCAAAGGCCGUCAGCAGCAGCAGCAGCAGCAGCUGCUGCUGCUGCUGCUGCUGCUGCUGCUGACGGCUCCUGCGCAGGCUCCCAAGACUGCAGCCCCGAGAAACUCACGGCGAAGCAGCUGGUAGCAGCAGUUGAAGAAGCUGCUGCUGCUGCUGCUGCUGCUGCUGCUGGAGUGCAGCGCGUGCUGCAGGGCGCGCUGGCCUACAAACACGAAUGCGAGGUCCGCUCGCAGCUAAUCGGGGAGCAACUCAACAGCUACUCCGCGAAGCUGGAGGAAAUGGCUGCGGCCGUCACUGGGGGGGCGGAGGCUCUUAAGAAUUUGCGAAAUGCGGAAAUUGAAAAGUUUACAGAACUGCUGGCUCAGAAGAGAGAGUCGCAAGACUGGAGCCGCAUCGCCAGCCAGCAGCAAGUCCUCGCGGCUGAGCUCGCGCGCCUCAGGGACAAACAGGAAGCAACUGCGCGGGACCUGCAGAUGCUGAACGCGUCUUACUUGUCGCUGGAGGUGUCGAUCCAGGAGCAGCUGAAGGUGGUGUUGGGAGCAGCACAAGAAGCAGCGAGCAGCAGCUACAAGCUGCUGUCGGAGCGCUUUCGCGCGCUGGCAGCAGCAAAAGUGGCCGAGCUGCAGCAAGCCUUCAACAGCCUCCGCCUCGACGACUUAGCCGCAGACCGCAGCAUCGCAGCCAUCAUUUCGCAGCUAAAAAAAAAGGGCGUCGCCGUCGUCGACCUCUCCGACGCCUUUCCCCAGUACCCCUUCGAGGCGCUCCGCAAGGAGUUCAUGGUGCGCCUCCACAAACGCGUCAAGGCUUUCUUGUGA